CUAUAGAAUUGAUCGGCGAUAAUGGCCAAGUGUCACCGGAACAAUGCCGAUCCUCUCAUCCUUCACCGCAUUCCCUCCGCUUCUUCUUCUUCCUCCACCUCCGGGAACUCCUCCUCCGGAUCGGCAUUCCGCAGGAUGAUCAUCCACGCUAUUAGCUGCGGCGGUAGCUCUCGUUAUCGGCGAGGCCUCCAAGAAGAUAAAACCUAUUUCACAAAAACGAUUAGCGAUUCGAAACCUGCAACGAUCGGAAGGGACGAUUCAGCAUCUAAAUCGGAGAAGCUAAGCGAUCUGUUGAACUUAGCCGUGAUUGAAACUGGUGUUGAGACUAAGAAGAAAGGGAAAACGCUGGAGAUUAUGAAACGAGUGGUUAGGGAUUUACAAACGGAGGCGGCGGAAGACGGUGGAGAUGAGAAGAAAUUAGCGGCGGCGGCGGCGGCGAGUGAGGUUAGGUUGUUAGCGAAGGACGACACGGAGGCGAGAGUGACGCUCGCGAUGCUUGGUGCGAUUCCGCCGCUUGUUAGUAUGAUCGACGAUUCAUCGAUUGAAGAUUCUCAGAUUUCUUCGCUCUAUGCUCUUCUCAAUCUCGGAAUCGGUAACGAUGCGAACAAAGCAGCCAUUGUUGAAGCAGGUGCUAUUCACAAAAUGCUGAAGCUAAUCGAGUCCUUAAAACCUCCUAAUCAAGCAAUAACGGAGGCAAUCGUCGCGAAUUUUCUCGGAUUAAGCGCGUUGGAUUCCAACAAACCAAUCAUCGGUUCCUCGGGUGCAAUCAUCUUCCUAGUGAAAACACUGGAAGAAAACAGCAGCUCACAAGCUAAAGAAGACGCUCUUCGAGCUCUUUACAACCUCUCAAUCCAUCACCAAAACGUUUCAUUCAUCCUCGAAACCAAUCUGAUCCCAUUUCUCUUACAAACAUUGGGAGACAUGGAAGUGAGCGAGAGGAUCCUCUCGAUCUUAACCAAUGUAGUAUCAGUCCCUGAAGGGAGGAAAGCCGUUGGAGCAGCGGCGGAAGCGUUUCACAUAUUGGUUGAUGUGCUGAACUGGAAUGAUGCACAGAAAUGUCAAGAGAAAGCGAUUUACAUACUCAUGUUAAUGGCUCACAAGGGAUAUGGAGACCGGAAAGCGAUGAUCGAAGCGGGUAUUGAAUCUUCAUUGCUUGAGCUUACGCUUGUGGGAAGCGCAUUGGCGCAAAAGCGAGCCUCCAGGAUACUAGAGUGCUUGAGAGUUGUGGACAAAGGGAAGCAAGUGUCAGCUCCGAUCUAUGGAACAUUUUCUUCUUCUUCUUUGGGUAGGGAGAGAGAUAAUGAGGUUAGGAUGAGUGAUGAGAGGAAAGCAGUGAAGCAGUUAGUGGAACAGAGUUUACAGAGCAACAUGAAGAGGAUUGUGAAGAGAGCUAAUUUGCCACAAGACUUUAUUACUUCACAGCAUUUCACAAAGAGCUUAACCUUUUAA